GUGUUUCACUGCGCGCUCGCGCUUUCAUGUUUCUCUUAUGCCCGUUUUGAGAAUGUUUGCAUGAAACUCUCGCGUCUGUGAGGGGCUGUUCUCUCACCUCAGUACAUUGCGUCUUGUUUUGUCUGAUUGCAUUUAAGUAUUUGAGAGCGUUCUAUGUGCGUGCGUGUGUGUGUAUUUGAUUUAGACAUCAAUGGCUGGCGCUGCCUGCAUAGCGUCAUACUCAGAAUUCAUAUUUUCAUCCCUCUCAUAUGCUCUCUGUGCCAGCAGUGGCUGCGGCAGGAAUAUCACUGCACUUUAAUUGCCUUUGUGUAAAAUACAGACUCGGCAGCGCGCGCGCGCACACACACACACACAGUGGAUUUGCAUUUGCUUAUUCUCACACGUGAGGCGUGUGCAUGUUCAUAAGCGGCGGUGUCUCGUCUCGUGUUUACCGGAAUACGUUCGGUGGACGCUGUGUAUGGUGAACCGUACGUCACUGUUCAUUUAUGUUGGCCGGAGAUCAGCAUAGUCGUAAACGUCAAUCUUUUUAUUCACAAUGGGAGUGAAGAUCAGUGUACCAGCAUCUCUUGCCUCCCCAGCAGCCCCUGUGUGAUUUCAUACAGAGCUCGUGAUAUUGCUAAGUGAUGCUUUAUCAAAUAUUAAAUGGAAGUGAAAGCAUCUGCUCGUGUUAGAGGCGACUGAAGAUUGAAGGCAUAUCUUGCCUGUCUCAGGCUAUCCAAAACGGAGUGUCUGAGGUUAUGGAGGAGGAAAGCAACUUGAAGAAACGAAAAAGCGAUCAACAAGGCAACCAGGGCUCUGAGACUGGUCAGGAGGUGGUGGAGAAAGUAAAAAAGCGACGGGGUCGCCCUCCUGCCGAGAAGCUGCCCCCCAACCCUCCCAAGCUCACAAAACAGAUGAACACCAUCGUAGACAUGGUCAUCAACUACAAGGACACGUUGGGCCGACAGAUCAGUAAAGGUUUCGUCCAGCUGCCUUCAAGAAAAGAGGUGCCAGAGUAUUACGAGCUCAUCCGCAAGCCAGUCGACUUCAGGAGGAUCAGGGAGAGAGUGCGUAAUCACAAAUACAGGUGCAUUGCGGACCUGGAAAAGGAUAUCAUGCAGAUGUGUCACAACGCUCAGACGUUUAAUCUGGAAGGAUCUCAGAUUUUUGAAGACUCCAUUGUUUUGAAGUCUGUUUUUGAGAGUGCAAGACAGCGAAUAGUGGAACUCAGCGAGGAAGACAAUGAUGCUGUUGGAAGCAGUGAAGCAGAUGGUGGCCAUCAUUUUAAUCUAGAGGCUCCUGUUUCAGAGACAACAAAUCCCAAACCGGGUGAAAAAAGGGAGAAAAAUAAAACCGAUCCUAGUAAUUCCAGCUCAAAGGAGACGGUCACAAACAGUGAUGAAGACAUUGGCCAAGAAUGUGAGAAUAACACAAGAGGACUAUUGAAUUAGACCCCGAAUGACAGCCUCAUAUAUUGUCUGCCAUUUUAAGAACAUUGUAUGGCCAUUUCAGUCCAAUUUUCCUUGAUGUUUCGCUCAAGGAUUUCUCCGAAUGUGAUCUCUCAUUAUAUUGAUUGCUUAAAACACCUUUAUAAAACCUUUGUAUUCUAAAAACAUUAUUAAUGCAGUGCUUCUGCAGUGAUGCAUUUUAAAUUGGCAUUAUUUUCAUGUAUUUAUAUAAUGUACAUAAAUCAUAAACCCAAAAUAGAUAAUAUCAUGAUGAAAAAGUUCUGUAAGUUCAGACUGAUCUCUCUUUUUCCCCCCCAAGGAUGGAAAAUGGUGGUAUGACAUAUUGUAUGAUCAUUUAAACAAAAAAUGCAUUCAAUCUUUUAAGAUGCGAUAAGCUGCGCUAAAUUUGCAAGCUAUUAUGUCUCUGUCUCAGAGAAUUUUUAAUCGGUGGUUUUUGUGACUAUGAGCACUUUGUCAUCCUCUCUUUGUAUGUUUCCCUUUCCUUCAUAACAUGUCAACAUCUUUAAAAAAAGCAACGAUUUUUUAUCCAGCAGCUCUUUAUCUCUCUUUAGUUUUCACAGGAUCGUAACUAUCUGUACAUAGAGGAACUUAGGGCAUAAUGGCAAUGUAUUCUUUGGUGACAGAUCAGAUACUGCCCUCAAAGAGAGGCACCUAUUGAUGAUGUUGUCACGCUUGUGUGUUCAGUUUAUGACGGAUGGCAGAGCUGGUGUGUUUGUGGACAGAUUCUGACAUUAAAAUGUAUGGGGUUUAUACGAUGUGAAAGGGCAACAAGGUUUGAGACAUCAUCUUGAAAUAAACAUUUUUAUGAAAUCGCA